AUGAAGCGCGGCGGAGGCAUUGAGAACCCGGCUUUCCUCAGCUCCAGCCCUGACACCCCGCGCCGCCGCGUCUCCGCAUCGCCCUCUCCCGUCGAGGUGCCCGCCUUGCCCGCCGGCGCCCGGACGGAGAAUUCGCUGCCGCCCGAGCCGCCGGAGCCCCCGGAGCCCCCGCAGCCCCCGCUGCCGGCCGCCGCGGCCCCGGACCCCCGAGCGCCGGCCGGGCCGGAGUCGCGGUCGGAGCUGGAGGGGCCGUGCGGGUGGGGCAGCUUCACACCCCGGUGCCUGCAGCCCUGCAACACGCCGCAGGGCUUUCUGAUCCACUACUGCCUCCUGGCCCUCAUCCAAGGUGUUGUGGUAAAUGGCCUCGUAAAUAUUAGUAUUUCUACUAUUGAGAAGCGCUAUGAAAUGAAGAGUUCCCUAACUGGCCUGAUAUCAUCAAGCUAUGAUAUCGCAUUCUGCUUGUUGUCUUUAUUUGUUUCAUAUAUUGGCGAAAGAGGACACAAACCAAGAUGGCUUGCAUUUGCAUCUUUUAUGAUAGGACUGGGAGCACUCGUAUUUUCAUUGCCAAAAUUUUUUAGUGGAAAAUACCAGUUGGGGUCUCCUUUUGAAGAUACUUGUUCAAUAGCAAGGAAUAGUACCAGUUGUACCUCUUCAAGUUCUUCACUUUCCAACUUCUUGUAUGUCUUCAUCUUGGGACAAUUGUUGCUGGGAGCAGGAGGAACUCCCCUCUACACGCUGGGAACAGCCUUUCUUGAUGACUCUGUACCCACACACAAAUCUUCUCUCUAUAUAGGAAUUGGCUAUUCUAUGUCAAUAUUAGGCCCUGCUGUUGGUUAUUUGCUGGGAGGACAACUGUUAACCCUGUACAUUGAUGUUGGUUUGGAACAAAGCACUGAUAUAACUGAGGAUGACCCACGAUGGCUCGGAGCAUGGUGGAUUGGAUUUCUUAUGGCUUUUUUCUGUGCUUGGUGUUUAAUAAUACCUUUUUCUUGCUUUCCAAAACAUUUACCAGGUACAGCAAAAGUUCAAGAUGGAAAAAUUUCCCAAACUCAUCAGAGUAGUAGUUCCUUCGAUCAAAUAGACGAGAAUUUUGGGGAAAGUUUUAAAGAUUUUCCAGCUGCACUAAAGAAUUCUAUGAGGAAUACUGUCUUUAUGUGUUUAGUUAUAUCAACUGCUUCAGAAGCCUUAGUUACUACUGGAUUUGCUACAUUUUUACCUAAAUUUAUAGAAAACCAAUUUGGAUUGUCGUCUAGCUUUGCAGCUACCCUUGGAGGGGCUAUUUUAAUUCCUGGUGCUGCUCUGGGUCAGAUUUUAGGUGGAGUUCUUGUUUCCAAGUUCAAGAUGACAUGUAAAAACAUAAUGAAGUUUGCUUUGCUCACAACUUUAAUUUCACUUCUGUUGAGCUUUGUAUUUGUUUAUGCCAGCUGUGAGAAUGAGCCAUUUGCUGGAGUGUCUGAAUCAUAUAACGGGACAGGAAACCUGGGAAACUUGACCACUCCUUGUAAUGCCAACUGUAACUGCAUGCGGUCACAUUAUUAUCCUGUCUGUGGCAGAGAUGGAGUCCAAUACUUUUCUCCCUGCUUUGCAGGCUGUAAAAGUUCUGUUUCAAUGAAACGUUCAGAGGCAUAUUACAACUGUUCCUGUAUUGAAAUGAAAACGGAAAUAACACAUCCUGCAGAAAGUUUUGGUUAUGAAGCUAAAGCUGGAAAAUGUGAAACUCGAUGUACAAACUUGCCCAUAUUCCUUGGCGUUUUCUUUGCUGCAAUUGUUUUUACCUUCAUGGCCGGUACUCCUAUCACUGUGUCCAUCCUAAGGUGUGUCAAUCAAAAGCAACGGUCUCUAGCCUUGGGAAUACAGUUUAUGAUGCUUCGAUUAUUAGGCUCAAUACCUGGACCAAUUAUUUUUGGUGUCACAAUAGACAGCUCAUGUAUUCUCUGGGAUGUUAAUGAAUGUGGAAUUAAAGGAGCCUGCUGGGUUUAUGAUAACAUCAGGAUGGCCCGUAUGCUUGUGGUUAUAAGUGUUAUUUGUAAAAUUAUCACCAUUUUCUUCAAUGGGCUUGCAAUCUUUUUGUAUAAACCGCCAUCAUUAGACACAGAGGUGUCAUUUCAAAAUUCGAAUGCAGUUUUGUCUACUGUUUCAGUGGAUCUUGACCUCAACAAAGCAGGAAAUGAAGGAUGA